AUGGCUCCUAAGAAGAAGGAACAGCAGAAGAUGUCCCUUGGGGACUUCCUGGCUGAUUCAGGUUUUGGUGGAGGCUCCUGGGCUGAUGAGGUUGAGGAAACCUAUGGUACUCAGGCUCUCCCUCCCGCUGGCCGUUCCAUGACCACCUCUUCGUGGCAGGACCGAGGCUACUCUGUCCGCGAGUCCGUCCCCGCCAAGCUUCCCGAGAAGCCUCCGUUUACCGCCCACCUGGGCAACCUGUCAUAUGAUGCCACCAACGAAUCUGUGACCGACUUCUUUGACGGCUGCGACGUUGUCAGCGUCCGAAUUAUCGAGGAUCGCGAACUGCAACGCCCCAAGGGCUUUGGCUAUGUCGAGUUCGGCAACCUUGACGGCCUGAAAAAGGCCCUGACCCUUGAUGGGCAGUCCUUUGAGGGCCGCAUGAUCAAAAUUAAGAUUGCCGAUCCUCCUCGUGGUGGCGACGGCCGAGAGGGCCGUGGUGAAUCUGCCCGAGACCUGAGCGAGUGGACCCGCAAGGGCCCUCUUCCCGAUCUUCCUGGAGCGAGGGGUCCCCGGUCCGACUUUGGUGAACGCCGCCCCCCUCGCGAUCCCGCCUCUGAGGGCCGUUCUACUGGGACGUGGGAGCGACGCGGACCUCUGUCUCCCCUGUCCCCCCAGGAACCCGGAUCCCGUGAAAGCAGCCGUGCGCGCGGACCUCAAGAGGGUAUGGGAGAGCGCAGCGAGUCGUACCGCGGAGACCGUCGGGGCCCCGCAGCUUGGGGAGAGGGCAGACAAGAGGGUGCCCGUCCUCCUCGGCAAUACAACGAACGACCCGAGCGCCCUGAACGCCCGGAGCGCACUCCCACCGCCGCUGAGAAGGAUUUCCAAUGGCGCGAUCGCAUGCGUCCGGAUGCUGCCAACGCACCCCCCGCUGAGACUCCGGCCUCUCCUGGAGCCGCGCCCCCGGCCCAAGCCCCCGGUGGUCGCCCCCGUUUGAACCUUCAGAAGCGAACCGUUUCGGAGGUUGCUGAUAGCUCCUCUUCUGCCGCUGGAGACGCCAAGGCCAGCCCCUUUGGAGCUGCUCGUCCCAUCGAUACCGCAGCAAGGGAGAAGGAGAUUGAAGAGAAGAGACUUCAGGCCAUCCAGGAGAAGAAAGAAGCGGACGAGAAGGCCAAGGAAGAGCGACGCCUAGCCAAGGAAGCCGCCGCUGCCAAGGCUGCGGCCGACGCCGAAGCCGAAGCCGAGGCUGAAGCCAAGCAGGCUACUGAGGCCGCCGAGGCCAACGUUGAGGCGAAGACAGAUGCCAUCGAGACAGAAACCAAGGCCGAGGAAGAGCCCAAGACUGAGCAGGCAAAGGAAAAUGGUGCGUCGGAGCAAAAGGUUCCUAUCCGAACUCGAGACCAGCCCAAGGAUUUCAGCCAGGGACAGAAAUCAAGAGCUACCGAGUCUGGUAACUGGAGAUCAGCCACCAACGAACAGCGACUCUCCCGUGGAAACUUCCGUGGUGGCCGUGGUGGCGGCCGUGGCGGCCGUGACGAUGGCGCGCCCCGAGGACCUCGCAACGAAAACCGGGCACCUCGUUCCAAUGGCCAGCAGGCUGCUGCUCCCGCGGCCGAGGGCGACGCUCCGGCUCCGGCUGCCGAUGAGGACGGCUGGACUACCGUCUCCGUCGGUAAGAAGGGACGAACUGGACGGGCGUAA